AUGGGCCUCGCCGACGGCGUCGAUGCACUCCUGGAGGCAUAUGCAAAAUGUCUGUCCCUUCUUCGAAUCUUCAGUAGCUCAGGCGACGGCUACUCAUCUUAUUCCUCCGAGCGGGAUCGUCAGUCCGAGCUCGGUCGCUCCCUUCAAGCAGACCGCGCCAAGAUCCAGAGGGCGUACUCGAAACGUCUGAGCGAAACGGGCAGUCGACUUCAAAAGGGCGAUGGCCAGUCCCGCUCUGCGCUCCGGCGUAUUGUCCGGCGACUGACAGAUGCCUUGGCGAGCAUCCUCGGGUUCGGCAGCAGUCACAGAGACAGUACCAUGCCAGACGGUCGGCCGUUGCUCAACUAUGACGCCCUGCGAGCGCUGUCAAAUGCCUCCCGCAUCGACGCCAUCCAUGCUAUUGACGGAGCUUCUGUGCGCAUGAGUGGCCACCGACACCGGGGCAGCCGAAGCAGCGUGUCGGUUCGAUCGCGCGGGAGCCGGGCAUCCUCAGGCAUUUCUCCACCAAUGCCACACCCGUCCGCGCAUCCAACCGGCUCAGGACCGCUACCUGAUGGCGAGCCGAGGCAACAGAAACACAAGGGAGAUAAGAAGCAUCGGCGAGCAGGUUCAAGCGCCGGGAGCAGCCAUGGCAGUCAAGGGAGUCGCAGUUCAGCAAGAGACGGCAACGCCACGAAGAGCAGAAGCCGUCGCCCUGGUGAGCCACAGACCAAGCCAAAGAAGAAGGCCACCCCGUCGGCAAGAGAAAGCACUGCACAGGCCCAGCAGCGCGGCCCCCAUCGGCACCAUGACAGCUCCCACAGCACUAGCAGCGGCAGCAGCAGGAGCGGCAGGCGGAGGGACAGCGGAAGUACCAUCGUUCGGAGCCCUAGCGCUCACCAGAACGACUCGGGUCAUCGUGUGGGCCGCCGCGUCUCGAUGCUAUCGAGGUCCAGCACGAGCACCAAGCUGGGCGAGAUUCCUGAGCACAAGCUGCGGCGUCGGCCCAAGCCCGCCGAUUCCAGCGACAACAUCUGGCAAAGAGAAGCACCCGAGUACGACAUUCGGCCGGCCUAUCCGAUGCGCCCAUUGUGGGAGCCCAAUGUCCCAGAGCCACAGCAAGACAAGGCCCAAAAGCAGAAGCGGUUCUGGGGCAUGUUCCGCCGGUCAUAG